AUGUCUCAGAAUAUGUUACCAAGGCACAUUCCUCUACCUAUACCAAAUGAAUUACUACAAGAAACUGUAUCGAAAAGCAAAGAUUGGAUGGUUGCCCAUGGUUGUGCAAUGAGAAAGAAAAAUGAUUACAGUGAAGAUACAGUUCAAAUUGUACCAUUCAUUGUAUUGCCAUCUACUAUUCCUAGGAAAGAAUUCAAUAAGGUGGUUAGACUUCAAACAGUAUUGAAUGAAUUGAUGCAUAGAGUGGCUCAUGAUCAUACUUUUCUAGAAGAGUGUUUUAAAGAUGCUAUUGAGGUGGAUGACUUCAGUGCAAACUUGUUCAAAAUUUAUGAAGCAGUGAGAGAAGAAGGCAUAUGUCAAGCUAUCAGUGUCGGAUUGUUUCGAUCUGAUUACCUAUUACAUAGUGCAUCAAAUAAUGUUCUAAAACAAGUAGAAUUGAAUACAGUUUCCGCCAGUUUCAGUGGAAUAGGGCCCUGUAUAUCACAAUUUCAUAGGUAUAUCUUAGAAGAAUUAGGCCAUCAUGAUAAAAUAAAAAAUUUGCCUGAAAAUAAUGCUCUAACUGGAUCAGCACAAGGUCUACUAGAUGCCUGGAAACUUUAUGGAGAUUCUGAUUCGAUAAUCAUUUUCCUUGUGGAAGAAAUUACUCAUAAUAUAUGUGACCAGCGUAUGCAUGAAUUCGAGAUUAGAAGAUUGAAUCCUCGUGUAAAAGUCCUCAGAAGAACUUUUACAGACAUAUAUGAGAGGGCUUCUCUGAAUGCAAAUAAGGAAUUGAUCAUUGAUGGGUACACUGUUGGUCUAGUGUACUUCAGAAUAGGAUAUGAACCUGCCAAUUACCCUUCUCAGAAGGACUGGGAUGCCCGUUUAUUAAUUGAAAGGUCUAGAGCCUUAAAAUGUCCUAGUAUAUUGUACCAUUUAGCUGGUCAGAAAAAAGUUCAACAAGCCCUAGCACAACCUGGAGUCGUAGACCGUUACUUGACAGAAACCGACAAAAUCAACGCCAUCAAAGAACUAUUUGUUGGUUUGUAUGGAUUGGAGUUCAAUGAAAUGGGUGAACGGGCUGUUCAAAUGGCCCUCAGUGAACCAGAAAGAUUUGUGUUGAAACCACAACGAGAAGGUGGUGGCUUCAACAAAUAUGGACAAGACGUGAAAAAGUUCAUGCUGGAAGUGCAGAAUAGUAAAGAACGGACUGCUUGGAUCAUGAUGGAAAGAAUCCAACCUCCUACUGUUAUGGGGUACGCGGUGAUAGCGGGUCAACCCAACCCCCCACCCCUGAAAGAGAUGGUAUCGGAAUUGGGGAUAUAUGGUGUAUUGAUCGGAUCAGCUGACAAAAUCAACGUAAAUGAGCAAGUGGGGCAUCUAGUGAGGACUAAAUCUUCCAGUAUGGACGAAGGAGGAAUCUUAGCAGGAGCCGGAGCUCUAGAUAGUCCGUAUUUGAUUGAUUUAUGA